UUACUACUUAAGAACAAGGAAAGCCAGAUUCAUGGGUGGCAAAAUCAGACUCAGAUUUAUAUACUUGCAUGUGCAUGGCAAUUCUCACUCACUCUCCAUUUGUGCUUUCUUUCCCCCAAAAUAAAGGAGAGGUGGGUGUUGCUGACAGACAUGGGGCAGCAAAUCAGUCAGCUUGAAUCGGAGAUUAGGAAUUUGCACUGCGAGAAGGAGAUUCUAGAGAAGAGAAACAACGAGCUGCAAGAGCAAUUAGCCCGAAGCUCCAGAACAGUUCUGUACUUAAGUCAGCAGGUGAAGAGUAAGGAAACGGACAGGGACGAAAGCACCUUCUGUUUAAAAAGCAUUAAAAACGAAAGCAAGUGGGUGCGCUUCUAUACUGGCUUCGAUGGCUACGAACAACUGAGCAACUUUCUUGGCUUUCUCACCGCGGACCCAAACUUAUGUACUGGUAAGAUACGUAGGAGGACAGAGGUCGGACCUCAGAAUGCCCUUAGCUUAGAAGAUCAGCUCUUUCUCGUCUUGACAAGGCUUCGUCUGGGCUUAUUGCUUCAGGACCUGGCUUUCCGAUUCAGAGUGUCAGAGUCUACAGUGUCUCGCUACUGGCUAAACUGGACAGAGCUCCUACAUGCACGACUUACUCAGGUCCCAGUCUUAUACAGCAUGAGGUACUUGGACCUCUUUGAGCCCAAAAGACUUGAGCAGUAUCAGGGCCUUACGUGCACAGUUAUGGACUGCACUGAUCUUUUCUUUGAAGUUCAAGCAAAGGACCGUUCCAAACCUGCUUCUAAUCACCCCUGUAGGAACCAUUACCUAAGACGGGGUUACGCCAUUGCCUCUCCUAAUGGCUUUAUCACCUUUUCAUCUAGUUUACCCUUUGGGAUAGCUACAAAAAUAAUGGACGGCCAGCCUCAAGAGGAGUUACAUGGCGACAUAAUGCCAUCAUUACAGUUUCCCCCGUUCAUGCAGAAUGACCCAGUGCAGCUAACACAGGAACAACAUGGAAUGAGCAGACAGGUACUCAGCCUACUGAGUCUUAUAGACAAAGCCCUGAACUUUCGCUUUUUGAAGGGCGUAUACCCACAGAGUAUGGAAGCUCAGGUGGACAGAGCCUGGAUCAUUUGCUGCUACCUAGCUUGCCUCCUACAUGAUCCAAUGGGGUUAUCAUAACCAACAUGUUUUACUUAAACUGGAACCCAUCUUGCUAACAUUAUCUGGCCUGCAGCGAAUAUACAUACUAGGAACUAAUCAAUCAAUGGGCACUGAAAGCAGGACCUUACCCAAUGUUUUUAUAUAAAAUUAAAAUCUAACCAAAGAUGCUAUUACCUUUGAACAGGGUAGGGUUAUACACCCUCAUGUUAUAGCCAAAGGUACAAAAGAAAAUUACCAUAGAAACUAUAGCUAAAACACAAAUGGCUUUAACUGAAACAGCUACUGGUAAGUACCACAAGCACAUUCCGAUAACUACCCUAAUAAAGGAAACCCAGUGUAUAAAUAUUGAA